AAUUCAGUAUAAUCUGGAGUCAGAUAUUCAUGUAAUAAAGGACCUCCAGAAGAACAUUCAUCCUUCUCCCAGUCCAGAUAAUACACUGAACUGUAUGGUCCUGUCAGUCUCUAUAGUUUAACACUGACUCAUCGUACAUCACGGACGGAGAAACACACUCAGGAAACACCUGCUGCUCCUCACGCUGACAUCUUAGAUUCAUGUAAAUGAUGAACUUCUUCUCUGAAAUGUAGAGGAACACGUUCUGCAUGUUACUGACUGAUUUCAUCAACAGAAACUGUGUCAUUGUAACGAUCACUUUGAGAUCAGAUCAUGAAUAAAGAGUGUUUAUAAGAAGAAGACGGUGUGUGUCAGAGUGUUGAUGGUGUGUUAAUAAUAACAGUGAGCACGUCCCUGCAGUCUCUCCUUUAUCUGCUCGUCACGCCGCUCAUCUCUUCACUCAGCACCAGAGUCCCAUCACACACGGACACCAUGCUGCCAGCGCUCUGCUCUCUCUUCACUGCUCUCUCAUGUGUCAGUGGUGUGACUGUGGUGACACAGAAGCCUCCUGUUCUCACACUGACUGCAGGACAGACGGCCAACAUGGACUGUAACCUGGGGACUGUCACUAAUGAUGCUGCAUACUGGUACAAACAGGUUCCUGGAGGAGUUCCUCAGCAUGUAAUAAGGCAUUAUCAUGGCUGGAGCUCUCCUAGCUAUGGAUCUGGUUUCUCGUCUCCUAAAUUUACAUCAACAUGUUCAUCUAAAUCAGACUGUAAGAUAAUAAUCAGUAAUGUGGAGGUGGGAGACUCAGCAGUGUAUUACUGUAAGACAUGGGACGGCUCUGCUAAAGAGAACGUAUUCGGCCAAGGAACAAAGCUGAUCGUCAGCGACGCUGCUCUCCCGUCUCCUGUUCUGAAGGUUCUCCCUCCGUCCACUGAAGAGCUGAAGACUAAUAAAGCCACUCUAGUGUGUUUGGCCAGCGACAUGUCUGUGGGUUUCGCUGACGUGAGUUGGCUCGUGGACGGGAAAUCGGUCACCAGUGGAGUCAUCACCGGCUCUGCACAGCAGCAGGACAAUAAGAAGUUCACACUGAGCAGCUAUUUGACCAUCGACAGCUCCGAGUGGGACAACGACAAAGUCAUAACGUGUGAAGUGUCUGCUGGAGGAAAAGCCGCAUCGGUGAAGAUUAACAAGUCUGAAUGCAGUGAAUGAACCAGAUUAUUGCUUUAUACAUAUAUAAAUGUUUCAGCAAUGUUUUUUAGAUGUUCUAGCUGAAUGUGUAGAAAAAUAAAGGAUAUAAACUCCUGCAUGUAAUCAAAAUAGAAGCGUAAUUAAAGUGCAGUCCUGAAAAAGAAAA